ACGUGAGGUGUGAUCGAUAGUUUUUAUUACUCUCCGAGUAUCGGGGGGUUGGGUUUGAGGUUAGGGUUAGUGACUCGCUGUCAUUUGUCACGAGUACGAGGGUUCCGAUCGCCGGAAUCCGCUCCGCGUGUCGCAAAAAUCAUGUUUUCGCAUUAAAAACCGGACGAUGAAGCAUCGCGGGAGAUUCGCAUCAGUGUCGAGUCGGAAUUUCGGUGGUCCAGCCGAAUAUGUAAGGAAUCUCUUUGUUUGACGCGAGACGAGGUGACAAGUAUAACGGGCAGUAAAUAACAUCGGCGAAAGAAACGGGAAUCGAGAAAAAAGUACCGAAAACUACGCACCAUGUUCUUUCUUCAACGGUGAAUAAAUAAUACCCAAAAUGUCAAUCUCAUAUUCGUUUGUUGAGAUGGAUCAAAGUGAGGUUAAGUGAUAAUGUCAAAGACCGCUGAUGCUGAGAGCGAGGCAGGCUCUAUCUGCGACGAGGAACGUGUCAGGAAACUUUUUCAAGCCUGCGACGGAGACGGCGAUGGCUUCAUUGACAGUCAGGACCUAUUGACGGUAUGCCGAGAAUUGAACCUCGAGGAUUCCGUCGAGGAACUUAUGAGAGAGCUUGGCGCCGACGAACAGGGGAGGAUUUCUUACCAGGAAUUUCUCAGGCGAAGACUGGCUCUUCGGCCUGAAAUCGAAGCACUCAGAUCGGGGAAACACAGGACCAGUCCUCAUCACACUGCUCAUACGAUUGAGUACUUGCCUACUAGCAGUGACAACAGCUUGGGAACGGUGUCCGGACGUCAUGAAAGCUGGGAAUUCGACAGUGGAGCAAGAGAUUUGUCACCGGAGCCGCAUACUCUUCAAAAAUUGGUCGAGGCCGCGGCAGGUGGAACCGGAAACAUGCUGGAGCUUGCUAACAAGCUCCACGCGGCUGCUCUCUCCUCUCUACGGUCCGAGGUCUCCGAGCUUAAUGCCAGGCUCGUUGCUGCCACCAGGGCGAGGGAAGCUUCGGACGCCGCUUUGAUAAGGGCUGAAAGUCAGGCUGUCAGGGCGGAACAGAGGGCUGAACAACAGGCUGCCAGGCACGAGGAGAGACUCACUGAACUUCACUCAGUUAUUGCCGAACUUGGGAGACAGCUGGAACGCCAUCGGGCCACCGUCAUCGCCGAGGAAGAUGAGUCGGAAAUCGAGACAAGCCGAGAUGCCGAAGGAUCAAUUACGAACCCCGUUGAGGAGAGCGAAGGCGGAGGAGACCUCCACGGGGACGGUGACCGAACCCUUGGCGACGCGGAUUCCAGUUGUUGCGGUGAAAUUGAACACCGUCCGACGGAGAACGGGAGGGAAACCUUGGAGAGUCCAGCUGCUCUGCCGACUCCAGAACCGACCCAGCAAGCCGCCUCUUGUCAGAGCGUCGCCGUUGCUGCCCUCCAGGACGAGGUGAACGCCUUGAAGGCGGAAAUUGCCAGCUUACAGGCUCAACUGGCUCAGUGCAAAAGUCAGGGCCAAAACAAUUUACCUGCGACGCGUAGCGACUCGCCUCGACGUGACAUGAGGGUACGUAGAAACACGAGCUCACCGGAACCUCUUACUGCUCCUUGUUCGCCGUUGUUGCCUCCUCUUCAAACGCCACCAGCGAAAACCGUCUCCAGAGAAGAAGCCCCGGUCUUAAAGAUGGCUGAGAGAGUGCGGCUUAAGCGUACGGACGAAAGGCACAUCACUGGACCCGACAUCACGAACCUUGGUGUGUGCUCUACCAUGGUGGCCGAACAUCUGGUCUCCGAUCUUAUGGAGCAGUCAAACUUGCAGGAACUUAACGGAUCCGAAAAGCAAUUCGAAGUUGAAACGGAGAGGCUGAACAGCAGGCUGGAACAUGCGAGAGCUAACAACGCCGUUCUUGCGCUUACACUUCACGAGAGUAAAGCUCAGUGUGAUAGGCUCAGCCUAUUAGUCGGAAAAUACGAAUCUAAUGCCACUGCGCUUCGGCUCGCAUUAUCCUACAGUGAUCGAGCUAUUGAAGCUUACGAUGUUCUUGUGGCUUUACUAGAGAGCGAAAUUGCUCUGUCUACGGAUCGCAGCAAUAUUACUAUCGACAAUAGAAGGAUUGCUGAAAAUGUUGCUUACCACGUGUUGAACAGGCUGGAAAACGACUGCGCAGCCUUAGGGGCGCCCUGGGAGGAUAGCAUGGUCUUAUCCGACGAUUCGGAAGUAACUUGGGGCAUCGAGGAAGAGAAAAGACUCAGGAGACACAUCAACAGAAUGAAAUCGGAUCGGGCGAUGGUCAGAUCCACUGCUGUUGAAUUGGAAAGUGUUCAUGCCGAACCUCUGAACUCGAAGAACACUAUCUCACUAUCCGAGGCUAGGAAAUUGGAUUUAGAAACUGCGGUACUGAUGCAGGAAUUAAUGGCAAUGAGAGAGGACAAGGCUGAGCUUAGAGCGAGAGUUUUUUUACUCGAAAAAGAACGGGCAACUAUUGAACUUAAACUGGGUGUUCAAGAUACACAAAUCGCCGCUCAGUAUGCAGCUAUAUUACAUCUUCAGGAACAGCUCAGAGAUAUGGAAGCUAUGCCGGCGAUUGUGGCUAACAAGGAUCACGUCGUGAGCGACAACGAGAGCGAAGGUAUAGAGUCGGAGUUGAUAGAAGCGCUUGGAAGAGAAGCCAGGUUAAAAGAUCGUCUCCAAGAACUUGUAUCAACGUUUGACAAGGUUUACGCUAAUCUUGAUCUCCGACAUCUUCAGUCCGACGAGCUUGUCAAGGAUUUGAAACGUGCUAAUGGAGCUCUAGUACAAUCGAUGGAGAAGUCUAAGAAAAAGUAUCAAUCGAGGCUCAAAAAGCUGGAACAACAGAUGCUGGAAAUGGUGGAAAGACACGCGGCACAGGUCAGGUCGUUGAACCAGCGCAUAGCAAUGUUGGAAGAAGAGUCGUCCGGGUACAAGGGAACAUUGCCGUUGCAAUCGCAAAGUUCGGGAGCUAGCGAAACUUCGUUGUGACAUACGAGUAGAUAAUCGAAGUAAUUGAUACUUAUUAAAACGAGUAUUUUUUAAUACUUUUUUCCUAUCGUCAGUGAUCAGCGCGAUCGCGGCGGAUUGAAUCUAUGUAUUUUUUUACUUGAGAAAAAAAGAAGAAUAUUAAUGAUAAUAAUUACCUGAAUGUAAUUGCCCGGCUAAAACCGCUUUGUAAUUAUUAUAUAUUAUUUUGACGUAACGUAUUUAUUAGUUAAUUAUGACAGCUAAUUAUCGCUAUCGUUAAUAAAAUAGAAAAUUGCAUACCGCGCGUACUUGCGUCGAUACUUGCGUAAUUUGAACAUACGGUAGAUCUGUGGAUGAUUGUGACUACGUCGCAAAUCAAAAAAUGCUUUUUCUCACGAAACAACUUCUCAUUAUCUCAUAUACAUAGUAUAUAUAAAUGUAUACAUAUACACUACUACUGAAUAAUUACAAAAUAUUAGUUAGUGAUUUUGAUUUGUAAAUAUGUAUAUUGUAGGCAUACUCGAAGCGUGAUAAAUGUAGACUACGGUUAAAUAAAACGUGCUUUAUAAUAA